AUGCCAUUCACUUUUAUUUUUGAUCAAGAUGUACUUAUUUACCGUUAUUAUACUUCCUUUCCGUGCACUAGCAGUUGGGUUUUUUUUUCUCCUAACGCUUUUACUAUCAAACCUGUUCACGAUAGGUUACGAUGUGAAGUCUCAAAUCAAACCAGUGUGCGAUUUAGAAGGUGGUUACUCCUACCGAUCGUAGUUAUAUUUGCCCGUUGUGUCUUUUUCCUUGGUGGUUUUCACUGGAUUAAAUUUAAAGGGACACGCGCAACACGUAAGGAGGCGCCCAUUCUGGUUGUCGCACCGCACUCCUCAUUCUUUGAUUCGCUUGUUGUUGUAGCACUUGGUAUGCCUUCAGUCGUGGGGAAGACGGAGUCAGCUGAAUCUUUUGUCCGUGGAUUUUUCAAGGUGCUGCAACCGAUCCUGGUAAAUCGAGAGGAUCCUGACUCAAGGAAGAAAGCCAUUCAAGAACUUAAUCGUCGCGCUAAGUCAAAAGAAGAUUGGCCUCAAAUUGUCAUUUUUCCAGAGGGCACAUGUACUAAUCGAAGCUGCAUUGCGACAUUCAAGUCCGGUGCUUUUAACGCAGGUGUACCGGUUCAGCCAGUGGUCAUUCGUUGGCCCAAUAAGUGUAUCCUUGGUUUUGAAAAAAGAGAACUUUCAAAUAGGGUUUCGGGUGCUCCAAUUUCGAAUAUUAAGGAUUGUGUGACAUGGGUUUGUGAAGGCCCAAGCGUGUGGAAAUUGCUAUGGUUAACAAUGACUCAACUGUACAAUAAUUUGGAAAUCGAAUUUUUACCUGUCUACCAACCGAAUGAAGAUGAACAAUUGGAUGCACAACUAUAUGCUGAUAAUAUCCGCCGCAUUAUGGCUGGAUAUUUGGAAGUUCCUCUUUGCGAUUUGUCCUAUGAUGACUUUUGUCAGAUCAGAAUAGCAUGCAGAUAUAAACUACCGGCACCUGAGGGAAACUGUUUAUUUAAAUUCAUUACUUCAAAUAAUGUUCUCACUUGA